AUGGCAAAAAGAAUACGCCAAGCCCAAGUUACUCUAUUAGAAAUAGGUGUUUUGAAUGAGACUUUACAUUAUGGGCCGUAUUCUCAUUAUUGUUAUACUUGUCAAAGCGAUACUUUUUAUACUAAAACUCCAGUUUAUGAUCCUAGUACCGAUAUUUCUUCAAUUUAUACUAAUUGGCAUAAGGGUGGUUCAGGUCAUCAAUCAUCGUUAAUUCAUAUGUAUAGUAAAAAACAAGGUUUAUAUAUUUCGUCUAUAGAGAAUAAUAUAUGUAAGAUUGAAGUUUAUCAAGACUCACAAUUAAAGCAGGCAGUUGAGGGGGCAUCCCCGAAUAAUGUUUGGGAGCAUUUUAGUAUUAGCAAAUACAUUGGCGUUCAACUUUUUGGCCUUGACUAUGCCAUUACUCAAUGA